ACAUGUUUCGUCCCCUAUUGUCAACCAAAUUUAGUAUAAAUAUAAGAAAAGCUGUAUCCAAAUCAGUUCAAAAAUCACAACAAAAAUGAACACUCUUCUGGUAGUCUCCUUGUGCUUGACAGCUGCAGUAGUGGCAAGACCCGAAGACAAAUAUUCAUCUGAGUAUGAUCACGUCAAUUUGGAUCAGAUCUUGCACAGUGAACGACUGCUGCAGAACUACUUGAACUGCAUUUUGGAUAAAGGAAAGUGCACCCCCGAUGCUACUGCCCUUAAAACUUCUUUGCCCGAAGCGUUGACCACCGGCUGCGCCAAAUGCACAGAUCAGCAGACCGAUCAUGCAAAAACCGUGCUCAAGUUCCUUUCGAAAAAUAAGCCUGAUGUGCUGAAAGAAAUUUUAGAUAAAUAUGAUCCUGAAGGUGUCUAUAAGAGCAAGUACCAGGCCACUUUUGAGCAAUAGUAUAUUUAUUGUAAGGGGGGUGAUCAUUACAAAUAAUAUUUAAUUUAAAUUGUGAGGUUAAAUAAACAGGGUAUAAAACUG